AUGUCAUCCAAUGGAGCUUCCUUCCUUCCUCGUCUUGAGUCUGUAUUCUACGCUGUAUUUGACGUUGAGCAGGGCCCCAAAAUCGUCUCUCAGGUGCCCGAGGCUCUGAUUGCUACUUCGCCUUCGUCGUCCGGACACGCCUCAGGGACCUCAAUCAACACCCUUCCCUCUGCAUCUCCUGCUGAUUCUACACCGUCACUCACGGAAUAUGAUGCGCCUUCCCGGGCUCCCUCUGUCCUGUCCUCCCCCAUCACGCAGCGACUCGAAAUGAAAAGUUUACUCUCGCCUCAUAAGUCUGAAUCUGUCGCCAAUCGCUCCCUGUUCCAUUUCGACGACAUCUCCAAAUACGUUAUCCCUCCGAAAGCACUGUGCGGCAGACUGGUCAUCUGUGCAACAAAGGCCCACCGUAUCCUUGGAUUCCCAGUGCGACUGGACGACGAAUCUUACCCGCGAAACUACUUUCUGUACAAUGUCUGCUUCGUCUUCGAGCGAACUGCAGAUUUGAGCUGUUAUGAGCCAGUAGCAAGGAAGGUCAGCCGAGUGCUCACCGCAUGUGAGAAAGAGUCUGGCUUCCUGUCGUCCGCCCGGAGCGCCGCUCCUAUUCACGCGAUACUUGAGCAGCUAUAUGAGGACCUGAACUCGUACUCGGAAACAUCUAUCCCUAUAGACCCGUUCAACUCGAUCGAGUUGAAGAUAUUUCCCUUCUACCCGAAUCCUCCACCAGUCAAGGAUUGGAUGGUCCCUCUGGCCCUCAUCAAUUUGACCGGUAGAGUGGAACCGAAUUGGGACCUGACCAUCGUGAAGAUAUGCCCCUUCAUCGACGGCAUCAAUCAUGUCAGCCGUAUCGCUAGACUGGCUAACUGCGAUCUCAACCUCACUCGGCUCGCAGUCUCUCACCUGCUAUACUACCAAGUGAUCAUGAUGAUCGACAUCUUUCAGUAUUCGAAUAUGUACACGUUGCGGAAGAGCAUGCAAUGGCUCGCGGACGAAGGGCAUAUCAAAGAAGAAUGCGGGCCAUACGUCACAAAGCCAGGAUGGGUCAUUCCUGACUGGCCUAAGCUCCUCCACCUGUACUCUCGGUUCAGAGCUGGGAAGACCGUCCGCGAAUGGAUGGAAGAGUACGACGUCCACGAACUCGGCAUGGAUGUCCGGAGAUUCACUAGCUUCGGAGUCAUCAAGGGCUUUCUACGUAGAGUUCACCGCUGGCCCAUCCUCCUCUCCAGUCCCGAUCCGCCCCCAGAUCGACGCAUGAGCAUGGCUUCACUCGGGCGUAAACGUGGCAAGAGCUUCGCUUCCACCAUGACCGUUCAGAUGGUACCGGCCGCUCCGCCCUCGCGCAACGAGCUAGAGUCUUUGCGGACUCGUGGGCGCGUCUUCGAGCCCCAGCCCACCAUAGCCUCCGCGGGUGCGGAGCUCGUCCCGGCAUCAUCAACGACCUCCCAGAUAGCUUCAGCAGCAGCGGCGCGAGUAUUCCCUCCGCGACGUUCCAGCGCUGCAGAGUCAUCUCUGGAAAUGCUCCGUAGCCGCGAGAGCCGCAAGCCACCGGGAGACCGAGCAUAUCAGACAAUGUCGAGGUUGUACGGCGGGGUGGAAGCGGGCGCGCUCAGAGACUCGACCCGGCGGAACGACAUGACGACAAUCCUCCCCUCAGCAAGACACCCUAUAUCCUCAUCGCCAGACGGAUUUGAGCGAGUUAUACAUGCCGUCACUGGCGGAGGCUCCGAUCCACUAGAGAGCGAGCAAUCAAGCGGAGGUCGCUCGGCGCUGCUUGUGCGUCCGCGAUUAACAAGGGAGCCGUCCCAGGCACCUGCGCUACAAGGCCCGGCGGCUCAGUUUCCGCCCGAGUUGUUGCCAUUGCUAGAUGGAGAGCAUCAUACGGACGAGAUCUGCACACGAUUUGAGGUCGGUUGGCCGGUGCUGAGGCAGUGGCUAUUCGCCGCAGGGGGCGCAACAGAGGGGGAUGAGGAAUACGGAAAUAUAUCCAUCAUUUACAGGUAG